UAGUCGCUGUGCUGUAUACUGAGACCGUUCUGUGAAAAUUUUUAAAAUUAUUUUUAGAUUUGGCGUUUCAUCAGUUGAUGUUACUCUCCAAAUCCCGAUCUACACGUCAACAUUGUGUUUUCAAUCUUCAGUGUGUAGUGUUGUGUAUCGUGUGAAUCAAAUGUUCAGGAAAUUUAUUUUACUUUCGUAUUAGUGCACCGAAAACGUUAGGAAGUCCAAAACUAAGUGGAAUGAUCAGUGUAGUGGUUUCUUAGAGAAAGUUGUGAAUAUUGUAAUGUCGCCUAACAAAUUUCACCCUAGCGUAAAUGUUUAUUUAAACUUGAUUUCGUAACUUUCGUUUGUAUACAUUCGUGACUUACAAGAACUUACUCAAUGCAUAUCUGAAUUGAAAUGUUGUAACAUAGGUCGAAUGUGUACGCCGGUGGCAUCCUGAUGGUUCAUUUUAAUGGUGGCUGGACGAACCAUCGUCUGUAGAACGUGAUCCGUGCACAAUUAUUGACGUGUGGUAUAUAUUUGGGCGCAGUUCAUUUUAUUGGGGUCGAUUAGUGCUGUCAAGGUCGGUGGGUUGUACUGGAUGGCAGCCGUUUAAUACAAACACGUGAUGCGAGCGUCGUCACCAUGUGCACCUUAAAAUAAUUAUUACCUAAUUGUAAUUGGCUUUUCAAACUUUAUAAAAAUGACGAAUCUGUUUAUAUAUUUGUGUAAAUCGAAAUAAACGAAUAGAAUGUCGCGCCAACUUUCAACUUCUACAGUUUCUACAGGGCCCAGCUUUCGUGUUUGCGGAUAAGUGGCAACAGCACCUGAUUUGUGGAAAUAUUCGAUUUCUUUUGUUAAUGUAUUUAUUCUGUGAAUUUAUUUGUUUUUGUAAAAUAUUAAAUUUAUAUUUAACUAUAUCACCAUUACCUACAAAAAUAAUAAUAAUUAAUAAUGGAUUUGUACGACACUAACAACUAAUGGGUGGGACAUUUGGAGUUUUUGAAACAGUGCUGCGUCAGAAACGCCAAGAAUAAAAAUCAAGGCAUAGUAUAUUGAUGGAAUAAAUUAAUAUGCCGCAUUACGAUGAAAGUUUUAUACAUGAUGACAGUCAAAAUCAGCGAAGAAAUAAGAGGAGUUAUCACGUUUAUAAAAAUGGUUUACAUCCGCUAAGUAUUUUAGAAUCGCGAGAUGUGAUACAUGUCCUUGAAGAGAGAGGAACUUCUGUCAUCAAACGCAACAUCAAAAAUAUUAAGCAUCGAAACAAACCGGAUUCUUCACUUUCCACACCACAAAAAAAAUUGUCUUCGAAUGCUCUAAAGUACAAGAGUCCCCCAGAUAUAAUCAUUGACCACUAUCCACGUAUAAGUGUGUUUCAUCCUGAUAGGCACUAUACUUUAAGAAAUACCAAUCAACAACAGCUGUCUUCAUGUAAAAGUUUUGAUAACUUGACGUGCAAACAAUUAAAUGGGCAUUUUAUUUUUAAAGAAAGAAUGCGAAAUGGCAUAAGUCUUCAGAAUUUGGCUGAUGAAGGACAACUGAAGCAUUAUGUUUCAUCUUCGGUUGAGGGUUUGCCAGUGAUCCACAAAGAGGAUACUAAGAAUUACUCUGUCGUGGAUGCUCGACGAAAAUCUACUCAACGUUAUAUUUCUAAAGGCGGGACUGCUCCUGGUGUCGGCGUUUAUCGUCAAAUAAACAGCGAAAGAGGGAAGGGAGAUGACGAGGCCUGCGGGGAGCCAGGGUCGGGGCACCGUGGCUCAUUGCGGGGCGCCAACAAACUGGCACGGCGCGCUCGCUCGUUCAAGGACGACCUUCUGGAGCGCAUCUCCAAUAUGAGGUCGCCGGCGCAGGCACACCACCCAGCGCAUCUAUCGUCUGCUCUCAGAUCGCAUUCUCCGCUUAGUCCGAAACUUCGGAAUAUGGGAGCGAAAUCCGUCACAGCUGAGGAGGGGGAAGUCACGCCUGCCAAAGAACUGGAACGGCUAGUCAAAGAGGUUACAGUUGGAUUGAAACACUUCUCCGAUGUUAUUUCUAAGAGGAUACUUGAAAUGCUUCCCGACAAUGGGACCAUUGUAUUCGAAUCGAUUGCAAAUAUACAUAAAGCGAUAAAGCCUUACUGCGGGCGAUCACCGCAACUAACCAGCGCUAUAAAGCGGUUGUGUACCGCUCUGGCCAUGCUGAUCCGGCUGUGUGACGAGAUUACUGCGAUGAGUUUACGGGCGGAAUCCGGGAACGAAGAGAUGGAUCCCACCGCGCCAGUGUUAUCCCCGGACCAUGUCAGCACCGUGGUGAAGGCGGUGACGUCAGCCGUAGAGGAAGUAGCCACUCUUGCGCAGCAACAUAUGACAAGGCCAGCCCUCUCCCCUCGGCCAGCCCUAGUGUCACCUCGUGCCUCAACGCAAAGGAAUUCAUUACCAGAUAUUCCCUUGACGCCGAAGGAACGUUCAAUGCUUACGGGCGAGGGAGGUCCAGAGACGGGUGUUCGCGCCUCUCACUCCUCGGAGUCGGUGCUCGACGCGCCCGACUCACCGCCGCCCAAACCUGCCAGGCCUAACAGGAAAAUCGAGUUGGCCCCACCGCUGCCACCUAAGCGCAAGUCUGCUAACGACAACUCCCUCCUAGCUCUGUCUAUUGAUAGGCUAUCUCUGCAGUCUCACAGCAGCGGCUCAUUAGACUCCAUGUUGAAUGUUUCCAACGACGAGGACCGCAGCGGGCAGGAGGCCAACAACCACGAUCAUGUGUUCAUCGCCACUACUAAUGAUAUUAUUGGUCUAUGCAGCUGCGCAGGCGACACUCGGGUUUCGUUGGACGCGCCAGACGCCGCGCUUGCGCACUCCAACCACAAUCGGUAUGUCCACCAUUUCUCUAACGAGUCGGGCUUCGUAUCAGUCGGUCACACCGAGAUCACCACAGAGCAGAACUUUACGUCUUCGUUUUCAUCGCAUCACUACUCAAGCCAUUCAGACAGUCGUUUUGACAGUUCAGACAGUGUGAACGAAAUGAAGUGCACACUGCAAAGCUUUGAGAGCCGCAUGAAUAUGAUCAAUAUGAACAGUUUAACCACGCACCAUACUUCAAAGCUGGCGUCGAUCACGUCAGAUGAAAGCGAGACGCCGCCCGAGCUGCCCGUCAAGCGGCGGAACGUGCGAGCAGACUUGCAACAACACUUCCCCAAUGUCGAAAUCAGGCAAAGUCCAGUGUGUUCUGUGCACGGAGAAACGCGGCCACAUACGUUGGCUGAUCAUAAUCCACCGCGGCCGCCACCUUUGCCACUCAAAAAGAAACAUAUGUUCCAAAGCGUCGCAUACAGCGUAAUGGCGUAUAUGGAGAUGUUUGGUAACUGCAGUCAUCCGCCGAAUAACGCCGCGGCGCCGCCCGAUCUCUUCCGCCAUUCAAUUCAUACCUACAAUUUGGGAUGCGGCCAGCACGCGAGCGCCGGCGCGGUGAGCCUGCAGAGACACGUGCAGCGUUCCAUCGCGCAGUCAUUCACGGUACAACAUUUUGGCGCGCCGCCACUGAGCGGCUCCGAUGAAAGUAUGCUGGCAUGUUCACUACCUCUGGUAGAGCCUCCCGCGCUUCCGCCUAAAGUCAACAAAAACAAACAGGUUCAAAUAAACUCUAGCAAUGAACUUUUACCCCCGCCCUCACCGCGGCCUUCUUCACACAAUUCACAUAAUAGUUCCGCUGACGAAUCCAUUUUAAAUAAUUUGAAUUCCGACGACUCGGUGCGUUCGUCGACCCCGGGAAAAUUCCCAGUGGAGGACGAGCCGGAGAUUAUCGUGCAGCCGCCGGUACCCUCGCCGGUGCCAUCACAGCGAAGUGAAAGCAGUAUAGAGCCGCCAGCGGCACCGAGUGAAAAUAACAGUUCUCCCGCGGCGGCGGACUCCGACGACAUCAUACUCCAAACGGAUAUCAGCUCCUGGCUCCUCCUUAAAGCACCAAGUAAAGACGGGCCAGAAGUAAGAGGAGGGCAUCCAGAUGCCCUUAUAGUACUCGCAACUAAAGCUACCAAAGAGACGGACGAGUACUUUGCUUAUCAGGAAGCGUUCCUAGCGACGUAUCGCACGUGGGUGUCGCCGAGUGGUCUAGUGGCUCGACUGAUCCGCCGAGCACAUCACUAUCGGCAGAGAACUCACGAGCUGCGGUCGACACUCAGCUUGCUUACUAGGGUCGUUGCUGAUCUCACGAUUGCUGAUUUAGAUCGACCUUUGAUGCAAGAAAUCAUGGAGUUUAUUUACUGGCUGGUUGAGGUAGAAGAGCUUCCAAUAGCAAAGGCCUUGAGGCAAAUUCUAGUCGACAAACAGAAACAAUUGAGAUUCCAACAAACGAAUAACCGUUACGAAGACACUCCCUGUUACGGCAGUGUGUCACUCCGUAGGGACACCCUCCUAGACUUCAAGGCGACUGAGUUGGCGGAGCAGAUGACUUUGCUUGACGCCGCGCUGUUCGUGAGGAUCACUACCGCUGAGGUGCUGUCGUGGCCGCGCGACCAAUCAGAGGAGAGCUCGCCCAAUCUCACGCGGUUCACGGAGCAUUUCAACAAGAUGAGCUAUUGGGCGCGCUCCAGGAUACUAGAACAGGACGAGGCCCGCGAACGAGAGAAAUACGCGAGCAAGUUCCUGAAAGUGAUGAAGGCGCUGCGCAAGAUGAACAACUUCAAUUCUUACCUUGCUCUAGUGUCCGCACUCGACUCUCCUCCCGUGCGGCGGCUGGGCUGGCCUCGUGCGAUAGUGGACACGUUGCACGACCACUGCGCGAUCAUUGACUCGUCGUCGUCCUUCAGAGCGUAUCGGCAGGCGCUGGCGGAGACGCAGCCGCCUUGUAUACCUUACAUUGGUCUAGUCCUUCAAGAUCUUACAUUCGUCCACAUCGGCAACCAAGAUUUGUUGCCGGACGGCAGCAUCAAUUUCACCAAGAGAUGGCAGCAGUACCACAUCAUGGAAAAUAUGAAGAGGUUCCACAAAGACAGGCAAUACAAGUUCAAGCGGAACGAGCGGAUCCAGGCGAUGUUCAACGAGUUCGACGACGUGCUGAGCGAGGAGGCCAUGUGGCAGAUCUCCGAGAUCCUCAAGCCGCGCGCCGGCCGGCCGCGCGCCGCGCCCGCCGCGCCCGCCGCCGCGCAGACGGCCGCGUGAGGUAAAAUUUAAUCCAAAGAUUAAAAUGGACGCGUGAAUAUUUUCAGACAUAAGAUACAUCGAGGAAUUGGAAUUAAGUUAGAAGAAAUGUGAUUAUCUGUCCUAAAAAGGCCUAAAUAAAUUUAGUGUAUUUAUUCAUAAAUUGUGCGAUUUCAUCUGUGAUCGGUCCGAGAGCGAAUGUGAUAUGCGUGGACAGAUCGACGAAGUUGAGAUUAGGUACGAGUAUUUCGCUUACGGUUUUAACGCUUUUCAUGUAAUAUUAUCGUAAUUGUUGAUUGUGGAAGCCAACUAUCUCUUAUCAGUAUUUGAAUCGAGUAACUGUCAUCUUUACAUAUCAGUAUGUGACUUGCGUAGCGUACUAGUGUCGAGUGGCGCCUGGUAGGUAAAUGACCUUGAAGAAAUCUUGUCCGGUUCGCUAAUAAUGCCAAUAAAUACUGUAUGCCAGCUUCGAAAGUGACACUUCAUUACAUCGAAUUAGAGGAAAUUAUAAGUAGUUAUGGUAGUCAUACUACUCUUAGUAAUAUAGUAAUCUGUCGGUAGACAUUUUGAAUAUUCUCAUUUUGAUGUUUGUUAAAAGAUUUUCACUUCCGAGUUUUGUGUAAGAAUAUUGAGCUUGAAUUGGUUCGAAUGUGUAUAUGAAAUGGGACAACAUUUUGUCAAUACCAGAGGUCGGUAUAUAUUAAAUACGAUGCUUAUUUUCAUUAAACGGGGCUUCCAUAUGAGAAAGUGAAUUCAAUAGAAAAAAUAUUUUUAUACUUCACACUACUUGCGUACAUGCGUACAAUAUAAUCCAUACAUAUCAUUAAAAGUGUGUGCCAAAAUGAAUAUACAGAAGAGUCCCAUGAGUCCCAUUUCUAUAUAACUAGUAAUGUCAAUGUGGUUCGAUUGUGCUUAUUGCAAUUUUGUGGUAUAAUUACGAUGAGGACGGGGUGCAAGAACGUGAUGCUAUUGCCUGUAAAGUUAUAUCGCAAACAUGAGACGCAGCAAAUAGGCAUAAAAUUUUGUCGAUUUGUGAAUACAAAAUUUGAGACCCGUACCGAAAUCUAUUUUAUUAAUAAAUUUAUUAAAAACGUGCGUGAUUUGAUUGGCUUUUAUGAAAUAAGUCAAAGAUGUAUAAUAUGCGCUAAUUGAUCGCGGUGAUUACGGUUAAUGCAAUAUUUUGUGUAUGCUCUUGAAAAAUGAAAAUUUGAAAUCUUAAUAUUAUUUUUGAUAUUCAGAAAUUAUAUUUUUCCUAUGGUUUGUUAACCUGCGAGGAUGCAAACAAUUUUUGAUCAACAUAAUUUUGAGAUCUAUACUUGUUUAUGUAAUAUUUAUUGUCACGGUUUGUGUCAUUAUAGUCAAUAUAAACUGUAGUAACGUGGGUUUUAAAGCCUUAGCUAUAGAUAAAUUUCACUUGAUUUGAUUGUAACGAACUCAAACGAUUACGAGUAAUUUAAAUAUUAUUGAUAAUAAUGUGUGUAUUACAAAUGUAACAUUAGGCAACAAUAUUAAUAUUUUUUCAUCCAUCUGGGUUGCAAGAAUUAUAAAUUGCUAUAGGAGACCACCAAAGUAUUUUUAGUGUUGUCUAGUGUAAUCAGCAUUUAAUUUGCCUUAUGACGAUUGAGUCUUUGAUGAAAUAGCAAUAAAUUUUUAAUUGGUGGUAGAGUCGCUGCACAAUUUGUGAUACUGUUCAUGUAGCGUGCCGCUUAGGUCUUGAUCACAUGGGCCAAUUGUCUUUGAGAUAUGACUCCAACGAAUCAAACACCCCGUCGAAAUUUUGAUACGAGAUAUUUCCUUGUGAUCAGGACUUCAACUCAGUCUUUUGACGUCCUCUAUGCGUAUGCGUAGGCAAUUAUAUUAGGCGAAUGUUAGAGGUAAGCAUAAAUUAAACCCCAUUAAUAUUAACUACUGGGUCCGGUGUUGCGCAUCAGCGAAUUCGUGACACGACGAAGAUCAUUUACGCUUUAAUGUCGAAGGGCAACACCGGCUCGAGGGUAUAAUAAUGUAUUCUGCAUUGAUCUGGUAGUUCGUGUGUCGUUAAAGGGACAAACGUUCCAUGCAAUAAAUAACUAGACCAAUAUUUAGAGUGUUUUACAUUACAGUGCUUCACUGAUUUUAUGUGCUGAUAUUUGUAUAAAACAAUCAAUUUGAUUGCUAGUUUAGUUUGUAGGGUUACCAUUUUGUUGUCAGGUAUUAAAAUAUUAUUUAUUUAGUGUAGUUUUAUGAUCUUAUGUAAUGGUUUGAUAUAAUUAAUUGAAAUGUAUUAAAGACUGCCUAAAUUAAUUAUUCAGUAUAUUUGACGUAUAAAUUAGCGAAUUAAUUGUUUAAUUAUCCCAUUAUGUCGCCGCAUAGCUUGUAUUUACGUAAAAAUCUCUGUUGAGGCUUAUUCGACGUAUAAAUAAAUAUAUUUUAUGGCUAAAUUAAACCUUCACAUGGAUAUUUAUUGCAUUUUUAGUGAUUUAUUCACAUUAGAGAACAGCGUACAUAUUUUUGUUGUAUUAGCAAGUUCAGUAUUAUGUUAUAGAAUGGGCUGCCAUAAUUACUAUGAAAUGGAUUAUAUAAUUUGGUUAUUCUGGGAUCCUAUUGUUUUAAUUUUAUAUUAUAAAUAAUGUUAAAUGUUACUUUAAGUAUAGUUUUUUUAUAUAAAUUAUAUGAAUAACAUGUGAAUGUGAAAUUACUUUUACUGGGUUAUAUCAAAAUUUGCACACUUUAAUCUGAAUGCAUGCUUGUACAGUCUUUGUGUGUCAAUUUUUUUUUGUAUUUAUUUUGUAAAAUAAAUAUGGCACGUUAUUUACA